UUUGUCAUUUCUAGUUGUUCCAGCUUACGUUUUAAAGAAAAAAACCACUGUCUUACCCUCAAGGAAAAUUUAUCAUCUUUUAACUGUUUGCAAGGAGGGGCAAAGACGAGAAAGAGUUUUCUCUUGAGGAGUACAAGAACUCAACACCUGAAGUAAUUACAACCUGGAAUUGACAAAUAUUCUUUGAAACAUUCGAGAAGGACAAAGCAGCCGAUAAUGUGCUGAAGAAUUCAUGUAAUUUUUCCAUGAAUGCAGCUCUCCAUUACUGUUCAAAAGGAUUUGAAAACCAUGUCCAGCAGGUUUCUUCAAGUCCUCCGUUUACGAUUCUUCAUUUUCCUGACAUCUUUUACCAAAAGUGACAACACUACGUCCAAAAUCGAUUUAUACAUUGGUGGAUUUUUCGGGGUAAACAUUCAAAAAGGGGCUUGGAGCACAGCUGGAGUCAUUCCAGCUCUGGAAAUGGCACUGGAACACAUAAACAGCGACCCAAGCAUUUUAGUGGACUAUCAGCUGAAAUAUGUGUGGAAUGAUUCCAAGUGUGAAAGUGGAUCAGGUAUAAAAGCUAUGCUCGAGAUGAUUGACACUCCUCCGCACAAGAUUGUUUUCCUGGGUCCCGGAUGCUCGGUAGCAACAGUUCCUGUUGCGGAAGCCGCCCCUUACUGGCAGGCAGUUCAGAUUGGAUACAGUACAUCAUCGCCACAGUUCUCGAACAAAGAAAAGUUCCCCUUGUACUUUAGAACCAGUACAUCAGAAACAAUGGAAAACCCGACCAGAGUAGCACUUUUAAAGCAAUUUAAUUGGAAAAAGGUCGCCCUACUUGUGCAAAACCAGGAUAUUUUCGUUAUGACAAAAGAGGACCUCGUUCCACUGUUAAACAAGUCCAACAUCUCCAUCGUUGCAACAGAAAGCUUCAAAUAUGACCCAUCUUCAUCGGUCAAGUACUUAAUUAAGGAGAAAGAUGCAAGGAUUAUCAUUGGGCUAAUGUACGAAGACAUGUUCAGAAAAGCUAUGUGUGCU